AUUCUGGUCUUUUUCAGUCUUACAGUUUUGGAUAAUUUAAUUUUUUGGACUAAAAAUGGCUUCUAUGUCCGACAUUGUUGCUUUAAAGCGAAUUGAUAUGGAAGUUAUGAGUCGAGAAAGGCGUCACCGACCAACGAUAUCAGGGGGCGCUAUGAUUCCAAUCACACCCAGACUCGUGACCUGGAAUGUCAACAACGAACGACCAAACGUUUAUUUUCCGAAUAUUAACAGAAGUUACAUCUCCGACUUGACCUACGUUCCGGGUCAUUUCAUCAACAGACGAACCCAUAAGAACAGCGUCAACAGAGAGGCCUCAUGGUCUCCCUACACAACGGAGAAAAGAGAAGUUCUAAUAGAAGCCCCGGCCGUGACAGAGGAACUCGAAUCCGAAUUGAGUGACAGAGGCGACGCCUUGACCGACUCUGUUCAUCAUCCAGAACUUAAAAUUGCGCGACCACUCGGCCUUCUUAAGAGAGAAUACAAGCAUCCACUGUCCAUGUAUGAACACGCUUUAAAUGGAACGUUCUCCAGAUACUCUCGACACGUCCAGUCAAGCGGGGGCCCAGACCCCAUAAUCCCGCGACAAUAUUACAGGAAGAAUGCGCCAUAUGGAGUUUAUUUGUAUGCAGAGAGACCACAGACGGCUGGCAAAGAUUGGGUUAUGAAUCGGUGGCGAAUGUGGAGCGGCGGAAGUUCAUCGAGUCCACAAUGAUGACGUCAUAGAUUGAUGACGUAAUAUGUUUAUUUCACAAAGGAAAUGAAAGCAAUACCAACACUUUUUAGUUUUUUUCAUUAUUUAUUGCCAUAUCACGCACUUUUGCACUUACUGAAUAAAACUAAACAAAUGA